UGGGCUCCCCACCAUUUUGUGCCGUGGUCGCUACGCUAGUUUCCUGCCGGUGCCACAACGCCCCGUGCGCCCGGGCUCGCAGCGGAACCUCUGAAGGGGCUUUGAUGGCGGAGAGUCAAUCAGCGGCCGGGCUGGGGGACUUCGCAUCCCUCGGUGGGGCCGCAAGCGCCGGCUCGGAGCCCGAGACGCGGCGGCUGAGCGAGCUGCGGGUCAUCGACCUGCGCGCCGAGCUCAAGCGGCGCAACCUGGACACGGGCGGCAACAAGAGCGUCCUCAUGGAGCGGCUGAGGAAGGCUAUUGAGGAUGAAGGCGGCGAUCCCGAUGAAAUUCCUGUGGCUGCAGAAGUGACCAACAAGAGACUGCCCAAAAGAGCUAGCAAAGGCAGAAAACCAGAAGAGGAAGGCAUUGAAGACAAUGGACUGGAAGAAAACUCCAGAGAUGGGCAAGAGGAUAUUGAAGCAAGCCUGGAUACCUUGCAGGAUAUUGACAUGAUGGAUAUUAGUGUGUUAGAUGAAGCUGAAAUAGAUAACGGCAGUGCUGUAGACUGUGGAGAGGACUAUAGUCCCGAUAACAUUCUUGAUUCACUGUCAGAUCAUAAAGACAAUACUGAUGCAGAAAUGAAAGAGCUUCCAGAUCAGCUAACAGAAAACGAAGAAGAUAAUGAUGAAAUUGAAAACAAUUUAGAUGCCUCCUCUUCCGAUCUAAUUGAAAUGAAGAAAACAGAGAGACUACACUUGGAGCCAGAAAAUGAGAAAAUACUCGACAUUUUGGGGGAAACUUGUAAAUCUGAAGUACUUAAUGAAGAAACUUCUGAAGUGGAGCAGCCACAUGCACAGGAAGGCAGUAACGUGGCGUCAGGCAAGAGGCUCGUAGCCGAGGAAGAGGACGCUCUUGGAGCUGCUCAUUUGGAGGAAGAUGCUUUAGAUUUGGACAGCAAGUCGUCCCAAGCUUUGGCAAGGAAGGAAGCAAAGCGUUUAGUUGUAGCAAAAGGGGAGACAAGUGAACAGACACUAGAGGAAGAGAACCCGGACUCUGACUGUGUAGGAGUAGAGAGCCUAAGCGAGGAGAGUAGCAAACGAUGCCAAGGCGUGGAAGCGGCUAGUGGGGAAACAGCGGAAAAAGGCGCAGGUGCCGAAGGCAGAGCUAGCCAAGAAGAUGGCAAGAGAAGAGAAGAGAAAGCUAAUUCUGAGGAAUCCCCUGCUACUAAAGAGUCCUCAAGCAGUGAGGGCGGUGAUCAGAAAAAGAGCCCUGUUGAGGAUGCAGAUGCAAAGAUGAUCUCAAAAGAUGAGAAAGGUCAUAGUGCUAACAGUUCUAAUAGAAACUUUUGGGUGAGUGGACUUGCCUCCACUACCAGAGCUACAGAUUUGAAGAACCUGUUCAGUAAAUAUGGGAAGGUGGUGGGUGCAAAAGUGGUCACCAAUGCUCGCAGUCCUGGGGCUCGCUGUUACGGUUUCGUUACGAUGUCAACAGCUGAGGAAGCAUCAAAAUGUAUUACCCAUCUCCACAAAACAGAGUUACACGGGAAAAUAAUUUCCGUUGAAAAAGCAAAAAAUGAACCUACUGGGAGGAAGCCCAUUGAAAAAAAAGAGGGUGACAUGAAGAAAGAAGCRGCCAGUGAGAGAGCUGGCAGUGUUAAAAGGGAUGAGAAAUCUGACCAAAAAGAUGAUUCUAAAAAAACAGAAGACAAAGAUGAAAAAGAAAGAAAAGAUAAAGAUGAACUGAAGCCUGGUUCAUCAGAUCAGCCUAAAACUACCAAAUCAGGAAGUAAAGGAACAGAGAGAACAGUAGUAAUGGAUAAAUCUAAAGGAGAACCUGUGAUUAGUGUGAAAACAUCAACUACGUCAAAAGACAGAAGCGUUAAGAGUCAGGAUCGCAAAUCAGAGAGCAGAGAGAGACAAGGCAUUGUGCCGUUUGACAAAAUCAAAGCACAACGGAAAAUGAGAGAGGCAGAACAGCGCCGCACACGUGAGCGUCGGGAAAGACAGCAGCACCUGCAGACUAUCCGGGAACGAGAAGAAAGGGAGAGGCUCGAGAUUGCUCGUGAGAGACUGGAAAUUGAAAGGCAGCGUCUGGAGCGGGAGCGAAUGGAGAGGGAGAGACUGGAGAGAGAAAGAAUGCACAUAGAGCAYGAAAGGAGGAGGGAGCAGGACCGCAUUCAGAGAGAGCGCGAGGAGCUGCGGCGCCAGCACGAGCAGCUGCGCUACGAGCAGGAACGGCGCUCGGCAAUGAGAAGGCCGUAUGACAUAGAUGGCAGGAGAGAUGACCCAUACUGGCCAGAAGCAAAACGUAUGUCAAUGAAUGAUAGAUACCACUCAGAUUUCAGUCGCCAGGAUCGCUUCCAUGACUUCGAUCAUCGGGAUCGUGGCCGGUACCAAGACCAUUCAAUAGACAGGAGAGAUGGAUCGAGAACAAUGAUGGGAGAUCGGGAUGGACAACAUUAUCCAGAUGAGCGUCACGGAGGGCCAGACCGGCAUUCAAGGGAUUCUCGGGAGAGCUGGGGAGGCUACGGAUCUGACAGAAGGAUGAGUGAAAGCAGAGGGAUCCCCCCCCAGUCCCGGGAUGGACGUGACUGGGGAGAUCACGGUCGAAAGUUUGAAGGACAUCAGGAUCGUUCCUGGCAAAGCAAUGUGGAUGGAGGAAUGAUAGGACGGGAUCACGAAAGGUGGCAAGGUGGAGGUAGAGGCAGACCCGGCCACGUGAUGCAUCGUGGAGGCAUGUCGGGGCGGGGAGGUUUCAUGCAAGGUGGCAACCAAAGCCAGAUGAUGCAUGGCGGAAUGCAAGGAGAAGGAUUUGCUGGCCAAGAGAGAGCAAACAGACCCAAUGAUCCACGUUUCAACCGUCGCUACUGAAUGUGUUUUAAUUUUUAAUGCAAGAUGGCAACAGAAACAAAUCUGUUACCCAGGGUUACCAUUAAUCGUAACUUACGGGUUACUUUAAGUGUAAUUUUUUUAAGCUGCUGCCAUAUUAUAUAUCCUUAAGCCAAUGUGAACUCAUUUGUUUUGUAAUGUGUUGUUCAUAUCCCAUUUAAAAAUGUUUGUUAAUGAAGCAUUCCAUUUUCCA